AUGUCAAAAACAAAAACGGUUUAUUUAGAGGUUAGAAUCUACAAUUAGUCAUGUUUUAAGAAUAAAACAUUUUCUAAUACUGCGAUAAAAAUUGAAUCAAUACUUUUAUAGUUUAAUUGUAAUUUAAUUAUUCAAGCAUAUAAUUGCUUGGAGAAAUGAAUGCACCUAAGCCGGCAGUUGGUCCUGCUCAGGAAUUCAGUAUUCGAGUUCCAAAAAAUACAAAGAAAAGGCACAAUGUGAUGAGAUUCACGUCAACUUUGAACGUGGAUUUUACAAAAUGGGCACAAGUUAAAAUGGAACGUGAAAAUAAUUUACGAGAAUAUAAAGGACAAGAUGAAGAUGCUCCGAAAUUUGGCGCUGGUUCGGAGUUUGGUCGCGAUGCAAGGGAGGAGGCUCGAAAAAAGAAAUACGGAAUUAUAAGCAGAAAAUACAAACCCGAGGAUCAACCCUGGAUUCUUAAGGCUGGCGGUAAAACUGGAAAAAAAUUCCGCGGAAUUAAAGAAGGUGGAAUCAGUCAAUACGCGUCUUAUUAUAUUUUCACUCACGCUCAAGACGGAGCCAUUGAGGCUUUUCCUCUCAAUGAAUGGUUCAACUUUCAACCGAUUCAAAGGUACAAGACACUAAGUGCGGAGGAAGCGGAAGCAGAAUUCGCUCACAGAAAUAAUGUGGUGAAUUAUUUUUCCCUGAUGAUUAGAAAGAAAUUGAAGAACGAUGAAGAGGGUGAAGAUGAUGAGGAUAUGAAGGAGGAUGGUAAAGGUAAGAAGGGAAAUAAAAAAUCCAAGGAAUUCAUGAUUUCAGAAAUGGAUGAAUGGAUGGUGAGUGAUGAUGAUAGUUCAAAUAGUGAUGACGAUGAGGACAAGAAGAAUUCAGAUGAGGACGAUGGUAAAAAGGGGAGUAAAAAAUCAAAGAAAAUUGACGCCAAGAAGAAAAAGAAGAAGAAGGAUGAUUUUGAAGAUGACGAUCAUGCAUUUGAAGAGAGUGAUGAUGGUGAUGAGGAGGGACGAGAAUGUGACUACAUGUCCGAAUCAAGUGAAUCGGGGUCAGAUUUAGAGGAGAAAAAGGAAAUCAAAUCUGUCGCCGAGGAGGAUGCUUUGAGGAAAUUACUCGUCUCAGAUGAGGAGGACGAUGAUGAAGACGAGAAGGAGAAGAAGGAUGAUGAUGACGAUAAACAUGAAGAGGAUGGAAAUAAGGAGGCUGACAAGGAAAAGGACAAGUCGGGAAAAGAUGGAGAGAAGCGAAAAGACAAGAAGAAAAAGAAGAAGAGUGUUCAGAAAAAAGAUGUGAAAAAAUCAACGACUGGAAAGGAUUCGUCGAGCGACUUUUCCAGCGAGUCAGAUUCUGAUUCCGAUGUGCCUAAGGAAAAAGAAAAGGACAAAAAGGCGAAUAGUGCCCAUAGUUCCAGAUCAACGACACCAACUCCUGCAGCUUCCACUUCUGACUUAAUGAAAAGAAAAAUAAAUGCCUCUCCAGAUUUGUCUCAAACGAAGAAAAUGAAGUUGGAUAAUUACACUUCAGUUCCCACGCCAUUUACUCCAAGUUCAAGUGAAUCUGGAAUAACGGAAGAGGCAGUGAGACGUUAUCUCAUGCGUAAACCAAUGACAACAACUGAAUUACUGCAGAAAUUUAAAUCGAAAAAAACAGGCUUAACAUCAGAACAAUUAGUUAAUACAAUGACAGGAAUUUUAAAACGUAUUAAUCCAACGAAACAAACAAUUAAAAAUAAAAUGUAUCUAUUUAUAAAGUCUCAACCUAAUUAGGGACACGCGCAAUUUUUCCCUUUCUUUUUUUAAAAAAAAAGUGUAUGUUUAAUUUCAUUAUUAUCAACUUUUCUUUGUUUGCCGUUUCUAAUCGUACUGUUUGUGUAAAUAAUUUUAAAAAAUUGUUUGCCUCAAUAAAGGCGUAAUUACACAAUA